UAACUUCCAAAACGUAAGACGUCAUCUAAAAUCAAAACACGACAAUCAAAUUUGAUUUUGGUAAAAUAAUUAAAGUAAAUACGUAUUUAAUAUUAAUAAGUUAGGAAGUCGGGGCUCUACGCCAAUUUUUAAAAUGCCACAGAGUGAUAGUGAAGAUUUUGAGAGUGCAGACGAGGGACAUUCAAAUGCUACAAGAAAAGAAAGAAAAAAACGCAAUUCCUCCUCCAACUACAGUGAUAAUUUAGAUUCCGACUUUGAACAACAUAAACCUCAACCUCAAGAGUCAAAAGCUACCAAAAAAGUUGCAACAACAGAUGGUUGGGAUGAUUUUGAUUUAGACGAGUCUGAAACAGUAAAAGGAACACAUUUAAAGUUUGAAAAUGAUAAACCUAAACCAAGUUCAGCUCAAGAUACUGGUUGGGAUGAUUUUGGUGACUGGGGUGAAAGUGAUACUGUGAAAAGUGGAGAGAUUAAACAAAAUAAAACUUUAGAGCUUAGUAAUAAUGCACAAAAACAAAGCCAGCCAACACAGCAAACAACUAAAGAAACAGAAAAAGAAAUGAAAAGUGAUGGAUGGGGGUGGGGUUGGGGGGUUGACUCACUUCUUAGCACAGCCACCGCAGGAAUCAGCACCAUAACUAGUCAAGUUUCACAGGGUAUUACAACUGUUCUUGAAACUGGUAUUGGUGCCCCAAAUCCAGAAGAAUUAGCUCGAAUGACUAAAGAAAAGGCAAAGAUUGUAGAGACUGAGAUUUCAGAAGAAAAGCAAGAAGUGACUGAUACAACCUUUCAGUUUGGGAGUCUUUUAUCAGGUGUUACUAAAUUCGUUGAGAAUACUGGUACAAAAGUAAUCUCAGGCGGUUUAGAUACUCUAGAGGUUAUUGGUAAAAAAACAAUGGAGGUCCUUCAAGAUGGAGACCCCGGAUUGGUCAAGAAACGGGCAAUGCUUGGUCUUGAAACUGAGAAGCCUAUACUCUCCCAAAUACUAAGAGAGGCAAAGGAAAGGGGAGAUGAGGAAGAUAAAAUGAAGGAAGCCAAACGGGAAGCAAAGGAGGUCCAUUAUGAGUCGCUGUUUGAUGAUUUUCAAGGUUUAGUUCACUUAGAAGCACUAGAAAUGCUCUCGCGUCAGGUGAGCAUGCGUAUAGAGGAGCGUCUGCGUAGCUCCGAACCCGAGAAGAGACAAGAUAUCAAAGAAACAUUACAGCAAGUUGCAGAACUCUUUGAGAUGCCAGAGGAUGAAGAGGAUGAUGAUUACGAGGAAUCUGGUGAUCUGUCGAAAGAGGAUGUGUUCCACGAACGUUUGCAGAGGGCAACGAGGGAUAUCGGUCUGAAAAUGCAGUUCCAACCGCUUAUAAAACAAUACACGGAAACCUUAAACUGGCUGGAUUCCAAUGAGCCGAACGAGAAGGCGAUUUAUAAACGCGCCGUUAGCGCGCUUGCGCACGCGACGGCGUGUUGCGUGGAGUUGUAUCACAAAACCGGCGAAAUGCUGCUCGUAAAGCCAAGAAGAUCUACCGCUGAUGAGGCAGAUGCUUUAACUCAAUUAACCGUAGUUUUGACGAAACACGUCAGCGAGUUGGCGAAAAUGUUUACCGAAGAGUUAAGCAAGAAGCAGGCAGAAGAUAAGGAAAUUGUAAACAACUAUAUUACCAAUGUUUUCUUGGAGGCUGAAAACAGUUCAAAGUACAUACAAAACGCAUUCCAGUUAACCUUGCCUAUUAUACAAGUUGGUGCUGUUUAGUCUAAAUGCUAUGUAAUAAAAACCCAGUGAAUCGUAUUUAAUAAGGCUGAAGGAAGGAUGGUCAGACCUAAGCAUCUUUGACCCAGUCUAACCGACUGUUCCGAAACCCCAAGUGGUGGGUGGUUUUUUUGGGAAUGGGAUCUAGCUGUUAUCCUUCACUCUUGCACAUGGGCGUCUCAUGCGAGCUCGGAUCUUGGCUUGGGGUGUCAAUCGCCUGAAGGGUCCCCUGCUGAAGGCGGGCUAUCUCCUCUGAUUGACUGUAUUCUAAAGGUUAUGGACAGGAAGUAUAUAUGCUCAGCGGGAAAUACUUUGAUAGCGCGUUUUAGGCUAUGACGUCAUCGCUGUGAUUGUAACUAUGUAUUGUAGAUGUCGCUACAAAUUCUUAUAAUGGUAUUGAGUACAAAUGCAUUUUAUAUGAAAGCAGUCUUGAUUUGACGUUAAUCACAGGGUUUUUGUUACGGAGUAAAAUAUAUGAUAAAUUUAUUUAAUUGUUUUUGUAUAUUGAAUUGCUUAUAAAUAAACUACGAUGCGUU